UGAGGGAAAGUGCGUGGGUUUUACCCAGCUUGGGGGAUUCAUCAGUGCUUGCUGCACUCCUUCAGUGUAACUCUAGUAAUACAGAGCUGUGCCAGAAAGAAAUCAGCUAAAAACCAAAAAAUGAUGGUUGGUUUCUGUCAAGGUUUACUGGUGGCAUACAGAGGCAUAUGUGCAGAUGCACGCACUCUACCUACAGAACUAAAAAAUGAUUGCCACUUGUGCUACUCUUGUUUAGACAAAUUGAAGUGGAACCAGUGUAAAAAGUGUCUUCCUGUUGUGGAAUUUUUAUCUUGGGCAGAGCGUGAUCUUAAAGCAGGAUUUGUAUUGUUCACCAAGUCUCUGGUAUGCUGUCCCUACCGCCUGCCAGUUUUUGUGCAGGAGCUGUUUAUCCUGGCUGAACCAGUAGAGGCCUCAGUCACUCCACUUGCUGAGUAGUCACUAGCCUCAGCAUUUUCCCUCUCCCAAGCACACCGUUUCUGGGAGAGAAUUUUUGGCAGGCUGCUUGCAAGGAAUUGGUUGGGCCACUGAGAAGGCUGUAGGGGAAUCCAGAGGGACAAAACCGGGUGAAGGAGAAUGUGGGAACUGGAGAUACUCCAAAUGUUCUGAAACAUUUCAGAAAAGGACAAGAAAGGAAGAAAUGAGAAGUGAAACAAAGACAAAAGAGGAAGAACAGUGCUGGGAGGGCUGGUCUUUGGAGCUGCUGCGUGUUGGGAGAAGCCUGUAUCCGUAAAGAGCCAGUCUAGGGUUGGCCCUGUCUAUCCAAGUCCUGAUGUAAAAUGAGUACAAAUAUCCACAAACUCCUUUUUGGCAUUUCUGAGGCACUUACCAAGGAUGACCUGGCAGCUCUCAAGUUCCUCAGCCUGGAGCACAUCCCUUUGAGGAAGCAGGAGGGCAUCCAGGAGCCCAAGGCCUUCUUCCAAGCACUGCAGGAGAAAGGCCUGAUCGAGGUGGGGAAUCUGGCCUUCCUGAAGGAGCUGCUCUACCGGAUCAAUCGCAUGGACAUCCUGGCUUACCAGCUGGGCUGCAGCCGAGAGGAGAUGGAGAAGGAGCUUCAGAUCCCAGGCAGGGCAAAGGUGUCAACCUACAGACAACUGCUAUAUGGAAUUGCAGAAGACUUAACUCCAGAAGAUGUCAAGAGUGUGAAAUUCCUGCUGCAAAAACAAAUACCAAAGAGCAAGCUCCAGGAUAAUGCUUCAGUGUUGACGGUGUUACUGGAAAUGGAAAGAAACGGAGUAAUUAAAGAAGGUGAUGUGACAGUGCUGAAGGAUAUAUUAAGGGGAUUUAGAGCUGACCUAAAGAAAAAAAUUGAUAUCUAUGAAGAAAAAACUAAAGGUGUUCUGUUUAUCCUCCUCUUAGAGAAUGUUUCUGAGGAAAAACUCGGCUAUCCAACAUGCAUGUCUGUGAAUCCAGCAGGACAAGGAGCAGAGGGGGGAACACGGGCAUGCCUGUUUGGGGAAUCAUAUAAGAUGGAAAAUAACCCCCAUGGUUACUGUGUGAUUCUCAACAACUACAUUUUUAAAAAUCCUGAUGAAACCAGGGAAGGAACAGUGAAAGAUGGAGAGGCGCUGAGGAGGGUCUUUAAGUGGCUUCAGUUUGAGACAGUUGAGUACAUGGAUCUAGAAGCAAACCAAAUGUAUGCAAAAGUUAAAGAAUACAGCAAAAAAGAUCAUAGCAAUAUGGACUGUUUUGUUUGCUUCAUCCUUUCACAUGGUGAAAAAGACAAAAUAAAAGGCAUUGAUCAGGAGUUUGUGAAUAUCAAAGAUUUGCUCUCUUGCUUUAGUGGAUCUAACUGUCCUUCUCUCGCUGGAAAACCCAAGCUGUUUUUCAUCCAGGCUUGCCAAGGAUCUGUAGGUCAUCCAGCUGUCACAGUAAAAGAAGACUUUUCUGGCUGUCUAGAGACAGAUGCUAUCCCUCUGACUUCCAUACCUGACCAGGCUGAUAUUCUGGUUGGCAUGGCUACCGUGGAAGACUUUGAGUGCUACCGCUGCAUAAAGACUGGCAGUGUUUACAUUCAGUGCCUCUGUGACAAGAUGGAGUUGCUUUGCCCACUCCGCAAGGAUCUCAUAACCAUCCUGACAGAAGUGAACAAGGAAGUGGGAAGAAGAGUACUAAAUGGAUGGAAGCAGAUGCCAAAAAUAUCAUCAACCCUAAGGAAGCAAUUGAUCUUCCAAAUUCCACAAUCCCAGUCAACUGAAAAUUACAAAAAAUAAGGACACAGUCAAUUAGGAAUCACUCUUGGAAUGGGCCUCCACGUGGAAUUCAAAAGAAUUUGCAAGAGAAAUUGUCUGAAUCCAUGUAGUUAGUUCACAGUCCUGCAAGGGGCCAUGUGGCCUCAAUUUUCUGAUUCCCAUGCUUAUUCAGUCUCCUGGCACCUGGAUCUGUAGCAGUCUGAUAGGGCAAGGGAGAAGUACAGACCUGCCUUCCUGUCUUGCAGAAGCAGUGGAGUCCAUUCAGUCCUCAUUUCAAGUGAGGAAACAUUUCAAAGCAGUAUGAUUCUUAAGCAUUGUUGAAAGUGCCAGUGGAAAUACUAUUUCUGUCUGUGUUAAGAGAAUGCAUCCUUGAAAUCUGAAGAAAAUAGCCAUUAGAUGCAAAGUGCAAGGAUCCCUUCCCAGGGAGUGUGGGGGGGAUUUUAACAGAUUUACCAGAAGUGUAUCAUGGGCUAUCUGGAAGCUGUAUUCACAGAAAAUAAUAACGGAAGCUGUAUUCUUCAUGAAAAAUAAUAUCCCUGCCAAGAAGGACCAAAAAAAGAUGAUGGCAACAAUGGUGAUGAUGAUGUUACAAGUCUGCAUUUCUCUGGUUCUUUCCCUCCAAAGUUUUGUUUGCUUCAUAUUAGUAAUUAACUCAGCUAAAGAGCACUGAGAUUUAUAAACUUUUUUGAUAGUAGGGGUUCUGUUUGUGCUUUUUUUUUCAGAGCACUUAAGGGCAAUCUGUAUUGAGUAGCUGUCAAACUUGUGGAAGGAAGGUCUCACUCCUUUAGAACCACAAUUCUGAGAUGCCUUCCCCUCCUGGCAACUGACUCUAGGUCCCAUGGGCUCUUUGUAAUAAAUGCUCCUGGUUUCCAUGUCA